UCGAAGCCGUUCUACGUGAGACUCUACUACCGCGCUUAAUUACUAUUUCUAAACCUACAUUCAAAUCAUCGCACUUUAAGCACUUUCCGUAGGUUUCCAUAACUUCAAACUAAAGUUUUACAUAUGAAAGGAAACAGUCUAACUUGCACUCGUAUUGGUUUCGUUCAAAUUCUGGAUCGUUAUCAGGGCAAGCAAGUAGGGAGGAGCCCAUAAACAGGAACUGCUGUUCUCAUCCUGUUUCCUCCGUGGGCUGAAGGGUUUAGAGAAAUAGGAAUUCGGGAGUUGAGACAAAGCGUCUGUGGUUUUCUUUCGUUCUUCUUGGACGCAUAAUACAUUGUUGGGAAAUGACACUAAAUACAGGGAGUGUGAACUUCAAAUGGGACCCAAAAAGCUUGGAAAUACGAACUUUGGCAGUGGAACGGCUGCUUGAGCCCUUAGUCACGCAGGUAACAACCUUGGUUAAUACAAGUAAUAAAGGUCCAUCCAAUAAGAAGAAAGGUCGUUCAAAGAAAGCACAUGUUUUGGCCGCAUCUGUUGAACAAGCAACACACAAUUUUCUUGAUAAAGGAGACAAGAUUGCCAAGGAGAGUCAGUUUCUCAAAGAUGAACUUGUGGCAGCAGUUGAUGAUGUUCGGAAACAGGGAGAAUCCAUGAAGAGCGCAUCAGGGGAGUUUGCCGAUGAUCCUUGUUCUUCUGUGAAACGUGGAAACAUGGUCAGAGCUGCACGUGCACUUUUGUCGGCAGUCACAAGACUACUUAUUUUGGCUGACAUGGCAGAUGUUUAUAAACUACUUGUGCAGCUGAAAGUGGUUGAAGAUGGAAUUUUAAAACUUAGAAAUGCUGGAACUGAGCAGGAUUUAGGCAUACAGUAUAAGGCAUUAAAAGCAGAAGUGGACAAAUUAAACGUAAUGACUGCCAAAAGACAACAGGAACUAAAAGAUGUGGGCCACAGGGAUCAGAUGGCUGCAGCCCGUGGUAUUCUACAGAAGAACAUCCCAAUACUGUACACCGCUUCACAGGCAUGUUUGCAGCAUCCUGAUGUGGCAGCUUACAAAGCCAAUAGGGACUUGAUUUACAAACAACUUCAGCAAGCUGUCAAUGGCAUCUCGAAUGCUGCUCAAGCCUCCUCAUCUGAGGAAACUGGGCAACAGCAAGGAGGUGGAGAGCUAGCUGUUGCUUUGAACAAUUUCGAUAAACAAAUUAUCGUGGAUCCUCUUGGCUUCACCGAAGAAAGAUUUAGACCGUCUCUGGAAGAACGUUUAGAGAGCAUAAUUAGCGGAGCAGCUCUGAUGGCAGAUUCGUCCUGUACACGUGAUGACCGUCGGGAGCGAAUAGUUGCUGAAUGCAAUUCCGUGCGACAAGCUUUGCAAGAUCUUCUUUCGGAAUACAUGGGAAAUACUGGACGUAAAGAAAGGAGCGAUGCUUUAAACUCUGCAAUUGAUAAAAUGACAAGGAAAACAAGGGACUUGCGAAGACAGUUACGUAAAGCUGUCAUGGACCAUGUCUCGGAUUCCUUUCUGGAGACGAAUGUCCCCUUGCUUGUCUUGAUUGAAGCUGCAAAGAAUGGAAACGAGAAAGAAGUGAAAGAGUAUGCACAAGUAUUUCGUGAACAUGCAAAUAAAUUAAUUGAGGUGGCAAAUUUGGCAUGUUCAAUAUCAAAUAAUGAAGAAGGCGUUAAACUUGUUCGCAUGUCAGCCAGUCAACUUGAAACAAUGUGCCCUCAGGUGAUUAAUGCAGCUUUGGCAUUGGCUGCCAAGCCCAAUAGUAAGGUUGCCCAGGACACCAUGGAUCUCUUCAAGGAGCAAUGGGAACGACAAGUUCGUGUAUUAACAGAUGCUGUAGAUGACAUUACUUCAAUUGAUGACUUCCUUGCUGUUUCAGAGAAUCAUAUUUUGGAAGAUGUCAACAAAUGUGUCAUAGCUCUUCAGGAGAAGGAUGUGGACGGGCUUGAUAGAACAGCUGGUGCAAUUCGAGGUCGAGCUGCAAGAGUUAUCCAUGUUGUCACUUCAGAAAUGGAUAAUUAUGAACCUGGUGUGUACACAGAAAAGGUUUUAGAAGCUACCAAGCUGCUGUCCAACACUGUCAUGCCACGGUUCACAGAGCAAGUUGAAGCUGCUGUUGAAGCACUCAGUGGGGAUACCAAUCAGCCAAUGGAUGAAAAUGAAUUUAUUGAUGCAUCUAGAUUAGUGUAUGAUGGUAUCCGGGACAUCAGAAAAGCUGUACUGAUGAUAAGAACUCCUGAAGAGUUGGAUGAUUCCGACUUUGAAACUGAAGACUUUGAUGUCAGGAGCCGUACGAGUGUCCAGACAGAGGAUGAUCAACUAAUUGCUGGUCAAAGUGCAAGAGCAAUCAUGGCUCAACUUCCACAAGAACAAAAGGCUAAAAUUGCUGAGCAGGUUGCUAGUUUCCAAGAAGAAAAAAGUAAACUUGAUGCUGAAGUGUCCAAAUGGGAUGAUAGUGGAAAUGAUAUUAUUGUUCUUGCAAAACAAAUGUGCAUGAUCAUGAUGGAGAUGACCGAUUUUACUAGAGGAAAAGGACCACUUAAAAAUACAUCUGAUGUCAUAAGUGCAGCCAAGAAAAUAGCAGAAGCUGGAUCAAGAAUGGAUAAGUUGGGGCGCACUAUUGCGGACCAUUGUCCUGACUCUGCUUGCAAGCAAGAUCUUUUGGCUUAUUUACAACGAAUUGCCUUGUAUUGCCAUCAGUUAAACAUAUGUAGCAAAGUUAAGGCUGAAGUUCAAAAUCUUGGAGGUGAACUGGUUGUAUCUGGAGUUGACAGUGCCAUGUCCCUGAUCCAAGCUGCCAAAAACUUAAUGAAUGCUGUGGUCCAAACCGUUAAAGCUUCGUAUGUAGCUUCUACAAAAUAUCAGAAAUCACAAGGAAUGGCAUCAUUGAAUCUUCCAGCAGUUUCAUGGAAAAUGAAGGCUCCAGAGAAAAAGCCUCUUGUCAAAAGGGAGAAACAAGAUGAAACCCAAACUAAAAUAAAACGUGCAUCCCAGAAGAAACACGUGAAUCCAGUUCAGGCGCUUAGUGAAUUUAAAGCCAUGGAAAGCAUAUAACCCAUAUUAUGUUAAAAUGUUUUUCUGUGCAUUGUUUUUCAAUAUUAUAUUUUGAAACACUCUAGCAGCUUAAAUGUGCUAGGAAACUGAAUCCUAUAUGCAAGAAAGCUGGUAGACUAUGCGGUUAAUACUUGAGCCACAUAAGGGUAGCAAAUCUUGGGAAUGGAGUAUUUUAUAGUGUCUGCAAAAUGUAAGCCUUUUAAAACCUUUUUGUUAGCUUUUCUUUUAUAUAUAUAAUUUAGUUAUUUCUAAUCAUGUUUGUUUGAGGAUAUUGCAGGCUAAAAUCUAAAAUUUUAAAGCUUAAAUAUUGCAGCCUGAUUUGCAUGGAAGCUAAAACACAAACGAUAUGUAGUUGGAUCAAUGUUAAGCUUCAAUGUACUUGCAAUAAUUAAUAAAGCAAUUUUUAUAGUUCUAUUUUAAUCUUUAAA